UCCCGGGUUCGCCAUGCGCUCCGCGGCGGUCCUGGCGCUUCUGCUCUGCGCCGGGCAAGUCACUGCCCUCCCUGUGAACAGCCCGAUGCAUAAAAGGGACACCGAGGUGAUGAAGUGCAUCGUGGAGGUCAUCUCUGACACGCUCUCCAAGCCCAGCCCCAUGCCUGUGAGCCAGGAGUGCUUUGAGACACUCCGAGGAGAUGAGCGGAUCCUCUCAAUCCUGCGACACCAGAACUUGCUGAAAGAGCUCCAAGACCUUGCUCUCCAAGGUGCCAAGGAGAGGGCACGUCAGCAGAAGAAACACGGCAGUUUUGAGGAUGAACUCUCAGAGGUCCUUGGGCAGCAGAACGACCAGGCCGCGCUGAAGG